AUGGAGCGGCUAUCUUUAAACGAGACUGCUGGCAACGCACAGCAGCAGCAGCAGCAGCCACAGUCGCAACAGCAACAACAUAGACAACCACAGCAGAAUGCGCUUGGCCCCUCAGCUCCGACGACCCAGUCCGGUCCCCCACAACUUCCUCCUCAGAUGUUCACAACCGCCGCACAACUCUUGGACUUGACAGAUAAAAAGCUCGUUUUGGUCCUCCGCGACGGGAGGAAACUGAUUGGUGUUUUGCGAAGCUGGGAUCAAUUCGCGAACCUUGUUCUUCAGGAUACCAUUGAGCGAAUCUACGCUGGAAAGCUUUACGCUGAUGUCCCGCGCGGCAUCUUCCUCGUGCGCGGCGAGAAUGUUCUUCUUUUGGGAGAAGUGGACCUCGACCGUGAGGACGAUAUCCCUACUACCGUGACCAAGGCCCCAUUCGAGGAAGUCUUCGAAUUGAAGAAGAAGGAAGACAGCAAGCGCAAGCAGGGAGAUAAGAAGCGACACUCCGAGCUCCAGGCACUUGGAUUCGAGCCUGAGCAUAGUGGUGAGAUCUUGUUCUAA